GGCGUCCUUGUGGCCCUUUGCUUCGGCCUGCUGGACAAGAAUCACGUUGGUAGAAGGAGACGAAAGAAAGUUCAGGACUCUCCUUCUCCAGACGCGUUUGUUUUCGGUAGCGGAGAAUCAAACGCGGAACUGAUCUCCGAUGAACCGUAUCUGCCACCUUACGAGGAAUGUGAGCCGGCAUUUGUGGAGUACGAGGACUGGGAUUCGAAGGAGAAGGGGGCAUAA